AGUCUCUCCGUCGCACCACCAGGAGUACCAUGCUUUCGUACACGGAAUAUGACCGACUUCUCAGCGUGACCUGUUGGGUGACACACAACAACGUCUAUCUCGUUAAGAAAACGGUCGGAUACUGUGAUUUUCUAAACGGAUUCUGAAUGCAACCUUUUGGAAUACCUGUAAUUUUCUUUGAAUUGGUACAAAUGGGUUUUGUCACCCGUAAUCAAUGCUGAGUGGCUUGGAUUAGGCUCGUUCUCGGAGGCACGCAGCAUCAAGAUAUUGGCUAAUCGGAGGAUUACCAGCGCGGAAAGAGGAUCACGGAAGCACGCUAGAGGAGAGACUCGAGGGACAGGUGAUCGUAAUUAGAACCAGCAUCAGCAGUAGCAGCAGAAGUACUUCGCAUCCACGCCUCUUUGAUACACAGAAGUGAACAAUGACAGCGGAUAGCAAACACUACACGCGAACUUCGUCUUUGGUUGACGACUCAACCUUUGAACAGCAAUGUGCGGAUUUAUAUUAGAUAAUAGUAUAGCGUCUUCGGGGGCGUCCUUACAUAGCACUUCAUGAUUUUAGCAAAUGAGCACUCUUCUUCUCCCAUCGCAGUCGUGCCGUGCAGUUAAGGAUGAGUUUUCUCAGCGGAAUUUACUAUAAGUUUAUUACAAUACCGAUACAGUGUUUCUUGGCGGAAUAAUCAAAAUGUCAAAGCAGUGUUGCGACAGCUUCAUCAUUUGAUGCUGAGGCCAUCUCUUCUGUAAACUGUCGUCUGCUCAGAGACAUGUCAGCAGUAGUGAUCGCACCAGAAGCCAUCAAGGAAAAGUCUCCCGAGCAAACGGAAUUUCGUAAAAUACCCAAUGCCUCCAAGGUAAACAUUUCAUUAUCUACUAUAAAUUAGAUGGUUUGGAGCACAAUCAUUAUUAUAAAGUGGAGCGUCUGAUUCAUUGUCACGUGAUAGGGAGAGAAAUGACGUCAUAUUGAAGCGCCGGGUGCAUCAUAAUUGUUGUAAUCGAAAAACCAUAACGUUUGUUUUACUUAAUGGACAAGUGGUCAUCUCUUGAACAGACAUCUGCAGUACAAUAUAAGACAGGGCUAGGAGAAGUGAGGACACGACCGAAAAGUCUAACUGCUAGUUUAUUCUUCGUCCGGUUUCAAAUUGCUUGGGUCUUUUCAUAGCCACGCUCGCACGUGAAUUGUUGGAAUAGAACAAAAAGGCUUGAUUAGCUGUGGGAGUCAAUCAGGGAUUACAACAACGCCGUAGUUAAAAUUCAGUUCAUGAAUGAAAUUAGCCAGUGUCGCCAUGCAAAAAGACUUCCUCGCCUGUUUAAUUAGUCUGUAGAAAAUCACCACGUAUCAUAACAGUUCUUCUGAAAUUAACUGCUGGGAAUCACAAAUGAACCUUUAAGCCAUCAAAUACGUUUUUGGUUUCCUUCAUCAUCUGAAUUUUAGUCAGUUACUCGAAUUACUAGAGUCAAAUUGACGAUGGAAUGAUAAAAUGAUCCUUACUGCUUUUUUUAUUUCUUCAGGGAUCCUUGUAUCCCUUCCAUUCUGUCCACUGUCAUUGUUCGGUCGCUGUUAGCUUUGGCGGUAAGCUGCUUAUAUAUCUUCAGUGCAAGUUCGUUGUUGAUCUUCUCCACACACAUCUGAUACGCCCAAGCCUAACAAGAUGUCUCAUCGGUGAUACUGUCCUAGCACCUCUUGGAAUUGACGCCCUCAGCCUGAAGGCUAUGCGAUCAGUCGGAACCAAACCAAGUGGAGUAGGUAUCAAAAUUGUCUGACGGUGUGCUGACCUUGCGGAACCUGCCAUAACAAGCUGUGACUAACCCCACGCCACCAAACGCGAAGCCCACGAUACCCAUUUGGACUUCUCCGAUAGGUUUAUAUCGUGGUAGUCGUGUUAAAGAAUGAUGACUAAUCCGUCUUGGUGUUGACGUCCUCCUCAGAGUGAUGUUAGCCUUAGUUAUCAUGCGAUGUUGUAAGCGAUAGCUGUGAUAGUUGGAAUUACCCUGUGGAUUAACGCAGUGACAAGAGUCUGGUAUCUCAUCAGCUCUGGCAGGUGGUUUAAGUGUCAUACUGCUAGUCUCAAACAUGAGAUAUCUACAUGUAUUCUAAUUCUCAACGCUGGAGUUGUACUGCCGCUGGUUGUCAACCAGGUAUAGGAAUAUUAUAUGUCACUCUAUGAUUACCAUCCUUCAGGCUUGACGGAAAAGAUUCGUUUUCCAUUAAACCUCUCGUGCUCAACGCCUAAGAGGUCUUAACUUUCUUAUACAAGUGGUUUCCAAGUUGUACGGAUCCGGAGGCGUUAUAUACUUUUACUUCGCAAUGGUUAUCAAUAAAUUCAUGUGAGCCAAGUUACCGAAUGUGCUGUUCACAAAAGGAAUACAAUACUGGAAGCGGGAUUUCUUUUAGCACACCACAGCCCGCGGAUUGAACACUAUCCUAGUAUCGAGGAAAACUUCCGCCUCUCACGGUAACGAAACAGAUCUACAAAUGAAUAAAGUUUUUUAAUGUAUCAACUUUGAAAGUUGUAUUUUUUUUCCUGUGGAUGCAGCGUUCUUUCAAAGGCUGACGUCGACGAUGAAUUGAAGUUUGUUGCCUCUGUUUUUCAAAGAUUGGUUUUUAGUACUUUCCAAUUGAAUUUUCACGAGAAAAGCAUUUUCAAAAUUGGAUUUACUCAAGAAAUGGAGAAUGGCUAAUACUGCUAGGGACUGCUUGUAAAAUGAUUCUGCCUUGAUUUGGUACGUGCUAUAGUGUCGUGAUGGUGCACAGUAUCAUUCACCCGACUAGACACACGUGAUAUUUGUAAAAGGCGCGGAUAACAGAUUCAUCUUUUAACUAGAUAAGGUGACACCAAUGUUUGCUGUGGAAUGAUUUGAUGGAGGUUAUCUUGUGAUGCCAUCGAUAUUCUGAUAGACCCGUGAUAGAUAGAAAUUCACCAAUCAAUUGGAUUAUUAAAUUGAUGUGAUAUUCAUAAAGGAAUUACGGUUGCCAGUGUGACGCGUUCUUAAAAUAUAUUAAAGGAUAUACGAAACAGGCGUUCCUCUGUACUGCGGACUGAUAAUGCAGAGGAUUAUGUUUCGUGGGCGUGAUCUAAUAAAAGCGGAUAUCAGAUAUCAGUGAUUUUAACUUGUAAUGCGACUCGCACGAAUGAACAAAAAAACCUUGUUCUUGGGCUACAUGCAAAGUUUGAUCUUGCUAGUCUAAUUCGGUAGACUUGUCUUUAUCGGGGUUUUUUUGCAGUGAAAAGACGGAAACAGGUGCGUGAGAGGGAGAGACGCGUUCUAUAGCUGCUCACAAGUUCUUGUUUAUUUGUUAUUUUUUUCACUCUGGACUCCAGGAGUCCUGUGGACUUGCACGACGGCGCGCCCAAACGGCCAUGCUUCAUCCGGUGUUCCGGAUGAAAACAUUUACGCGAUCAAGGGUCUUAGCACCGGCGUGUUGAUGUCAUUCCCAGUGUUCGGGUUUGCAACCGGGACACCGGGCAAGAUGGCAACCUCGCAUUUGACCUUUGACUCAGAGAUGCAAGUGGUAAAACUGGUGUUGCUAGGGGCGCCGAGUGUAGGUAAAACGUCAAUCAUACGCCAGUUCGUCUGCAACGAAUUCCAAGAACCAUACAUUCCAACCGGGCAAAAGACGGUGUAUCACCCAGCAGUGAUCAUAAACGAUCAUCUGUAUGAAGUGAAAAUCAUAGACUGUCCAGUGAUUCCCUACUUUCCCGUCAACUCUCUGUACGAGUGGACAGAAUUCCGAGGGUACGGGCUGAGAAAUGCAACUGCGUAUAUCCUAGUGUACGACGUAUCAUCAGACGAGAGCUUCCAAUACAUAAAGAAUCUUAGGGAUCAAAUCAUUGAGUCGAGAAAUAUGCACGAUGUUCCUAUAUUUGUGGUGGGAAAUAAACAAGACCUCGCCUCCAGUGACGGGCGAGGUUUAACCCGGAAGGAAGUAGCCAACCUCGUCCGUAAGCAAUGGAAAUGUGGCUACAUUGAAUGCUCAGCUAAGUUUAAUUGGCAUGUUGUGAUGUUGUUUAAAGAAUUAAUGAAGACUAUAGACUAUAUUGACUACGGACACAAACCGACAUCAAUGCGCGUCCAGGAUGCUCUGAGGAGAAACCGAUGUGUCAUUUUAUGAUGUCUGAUAACUCUUUAGUUGGAUGCAAUAAUUAACAAUCAUUUUCUGACUGAUCUGUUACGACAAUCUCACUACCAGGGAUCAGGGAGUACCCGCUCUUGCACUGAAGGAAGCGAUCGUAUCACCACUGGUCGCGAGAUUUCUGCAAUGAGUGAUUUGCUGAACAUUUUUUAAUAGAUCCCACCGCGCCUUCAGUGAUACAGCCAGACAUGUAAAAUGUUGGCUUGCAGAUGUUGAAGUUACUAGUCAAAUAUUUUGAAGAUGUUUGGGCUAAAUUACACAAUUUCGAAUCAUUCGAAAAUCCCGACUUACGUGAUACAUGAUGCACCUGGCACAUGUUAAAAGUAGUCCACUUCGUUAUUCUAUUUACAAAAUAACAACAUAAUUUCAUUCGUACGCGAUUUCGCUCAUGCAUAACGAAUCGAAUUACUAACAAUGCAGCGUAGUUUGUAGUCACCCGUCACCCCUUCCAGAUUAACUGGGGUUAGGACAACCAAAAUUAGUUAUAAUAUGCGUGAGCGUUAUCGCGUUCGAAUAAAAUAAUUUUGUCUUUGCUCGGACAACGUGUUUUUAUAGAUACUUGUUGUAUCUAUAAUAUGUAGGUUGUCGAUCUUAGUACGACAAUUUUCCAUUUUCAAAACGCCAUUGGAAUGAAGAUCUAAGAGUAGAUCACCAAAGCGGAUCCAUGAUACCGAUGUUAUAUCCACUCUAAGUGUUGUCAUCCACGGAUGACACAAAAGUUGACAACUCAGGCACCUUUCAAUACGGGCCCGGUGAGGUCAUUUGUAUCGUUGUCACCAGCCCAACCAUCAUUCGACCAACAGCAUUUGAAGCAUGAUAGACAUUUAUUGACUGGUCACACUUGACAGCACAAACAAGUUACAUAAAAUGGUAUAUACGUGUAGAAGCAAAGUUACUACGAACUCGGCUCUAAAUGGCUAUACUUGUAAGAAAUGUAAAUAUCAGAUUCGUUGUUUGCAGGGUUGUUCAUAGCCACUACGCCAGCUCUGCUCACUAAACACUGUUUAUUAUGCAACGCCACCAUGUAUUAUCUCUAUAGGAACCACACACUUUGUUGUAUCUAUCAUUUGUAUCUAGUGUGUAAUAUCGAGGUACUGUACUGAUCAGUAUUCUGUUGGUUAUGAAUUAGACCAGAGAAAUAGAAAAUUACUUUUAUGUUGAUUGAUUAGACAGUGGUAAUCAAGUUAUUCAUCCAACAGGAACUUCACUUCGAAAUUGUCAUUCAUGAGUUGAAUAAACCAAAGGCGUUUCAUGACUUGUCCAAAUCCAAUAACUUGUAUCAUUUACAUUGGAAGGUCAAGUUUUACCAAUUAAAAUAAAUGGAUGAAGUCAUGUCAUGUCAUGUUUUUCUGCGGAAGAAAAUUGGCCUGGUUAAUUCUCAGCCAACGAAUUGUCAGCCAUGCAGAGGCACCAGGGAAUGGAUGGCAUCGCCAUCUACGCCAUCUAUAUAUUUCUGACACGUUUUCAACCAUGCAGAGGUAAUAAGGAAUGGAUGACAUCGCCAUCUUUAUUUCUGACAUCUUGUCAACCAUACAGUGGUAUUACGGAAUGGAUGACAUCGAUCGCCAUCUACACAUUAUACUGGCACCUGGUCAACGAUACAGAGGUACGAAAUGGUGACCAUUACUGGCAAAUUGUCAAUACACAACACUGUCAGCUCAAACCACGCGUACGAGAAAUAGAAUGGGUGAGAUAUCGCAGUCUUUACGAGAGGAUGAGGUAUUUUGUUUGGUAGUUGAUAACUGAGUACAUGUAGUUAUUUUUCAUGUUGCAUGCCAAAAUGUCUCUUCGUUAAUAAUGAGGAGCCGCUUGAAAAUGUGUAUAUUUUUACAAAUAUCCCAGUACGGUAUACGAGCAUGAGAUGACUGACUCGCAUCAGUAGAACAGUGUGUAGAUAUCAUGAUGUAUUUAGCUUGUAAACACAACUAAGGGCUUAUAGCUAUUUAGAUCAAUUAAAC